AUGUCUGCUCUUUCAGAUUUAAUUAACCUUGAUGUCUCUGGUAGCACUGAUAAGAUCAUUGCAGAAUACAUAUGGAUUGGUGGAUCUGGUAUGGACCUAAGAAGCAAAGCCAGGACCCUUCCCGGGCCUGUUUCUGAUCCGUCAAAGCUGCCAAAAUGGAAUUACGAUGGAUCAAGUACCGGACAAGCCCCAGGCGACGACAGUGAAGUCAUUCUAUAUCCUCAAGCAAUAUUUAAGGAUCCAUUCAGAAGAGGCAACAAUAUUCUUGUGAUGUGUGAUUCGUACACGCCACAAGGAGAUCCAAUCCCAACUAAUAAGCGUUACCAUGCUGCAAAAGUAUUCAGCCAUUCUGAUGUCCUUGCCGAAGAACCCUGGUUUGGCAUAGAGCAAGAGUACACUUUGAUACAAAAGGAAGUAAAGUGGCCACUUGGGUGGCCUAUUGGAGGGUACCCUGGACCUCAGGGGCCAUAUUAUUGUGGUACUGGCGCUGAUAAGGCUUUUGGCCGUGAUAUUGUUGAUGCUCAUUACAAGGCUUGUUUGUAUGCCGGUAUCAAUAUCAGUGGUACCAAUGGAGAGGUUAUGCCGGGCCAGUGGGAAUUCCAAGUUGGCCCGUCUAUUGGCAUCUCAGCUGGUGACCAAGUCUGGGUAGCUCGCUACAUUUUAGAGAGGAUAACUGAGAUGGCAGGAGUGGUUCUUUCUUUCGACCCAAAACCAGUUGAGGGGGAUUGGAAUGGAGCAGGUGCUCACACAAACUACAGCACAAAAUCAAUGAGAAGUGAUGGAGGUUAUGAGGUGAUAAAGAAGGCAAUUGAAAAGCUCGGAAAGAAGCAUAAGGAACAUAUCCUUGCUUAUGGAGAAGGCAAUGAGCGCCGGCUAACUGGCAAGCAUGAGACAGCCGAUAUCAGUAACUUCAAAUGGGGUGUUGCGAAUCGUGGAGCAUCAGUUAGGGUCGGAAGGGAGACAGAGAAAGCCAAUAAGGGUUACUUUGAGGACCGAAGGCCGUCAUCAAACAUGGAUCCUUACACUGUGACUUCCAUGAUUGUCGAAACAACCAUCUUGUGGAAGCCUUGA